GUAUUAGAAUUUCUUUUUUUACACUCUCGUCCAAAACACUGCUCUCUCGAAGCACUAUAGCCAUCAAUGGAGGUCGCAACCGCAGCCGCAUCAAGCUUUGCGCUCCACACGCGCAUGUUAUCACCGCCAACCUCCGCACGAAUCGCAAACCCUACCCGAACCCUAACGUCUCCUCCAUCGACUUCUCUCCGAGCUUCUCUCUCCACUAACUUCCUCUCUCCCUUUCCCACCGUUGGCAGCGUCUCCGGAGAUUUCUCUGGGUUGAAGCUACGACCCGACUCUCUCUACCCGGCUUCUCUCUGCCGGUCCAAGCCCAAACGAGGAGUUGUCACCAUGGUUAUUCCGUUUUCGAGGGGAAGUGCAUGGGAGCAACCUCCACCAGACUUAGCAUCGUAUUUGUACAAGAAUCGGAUAGUUUACUUGGGAAUGUCGCUUGUUCCUUCUGUUACAGAGUUGAUACUGGCUGAAUUUCUUUACCUUCAAUAUGAAGAUGAGCAGAAGCCUAUUUACUUGUACAUAAACUCCACUGGAACAACCAAGGGUGGCGAGAAGUUGGGUUAUGAGACUGAAGCUUUUGCAAUCUAUGAUGUUAUGGGGUAUGUUAAGCCUCCUAUUUUUACUCUCUGUGUUGGAAAUGCUUGGGGAGAAGCUGCAUUGCUUUUAGCCGCUGGUGCAACAGGAAAUCGUUCUGCUCUUCCUUCGUCGACAAUAAUGAUUAGGCAGCCAAUUGCUAGAUUUCAAGGUCAAGCAACGGAUGUUGACCUUGCAAGAAAGGAAGUAAAGAAUGUGAAAACAGAGUUGGUUAAACUCUAUGCCAAACAUAUGGGAAAAUCAACUGAGCAGAUUGAAGAAGAUAUAAGGCGCCCAAAAUAUUUUAGCCCCAGUGAAGCAGUUGAAUAUGGCAUCAUAGAUAAGGUAUUGUACAAUGAAAGGAGCAGUGAAGACAGUGGUGUUGUUUCUGACCUUAAAAAGGCUCAACUUAUCUGAACAUGGGAGAACUUGUACCUGUGACAGUUAAAACUACUCAGGGGAGCAAUAGACUGAGUUGAAAGAUAUUUUUACUGCAGCAGUAUAGACCGAGUUGAAGGAGGACAAGAGAAGCUCAGAACUGUGUGUAGUUUUUUUUCCGGGGAAUGCGGUCUCUUCAUUUGUAGCACACAUUUUUUUCAAUAAAUAGUAUGUUUAGUUAUAACACAAGUAAUUGCAAUUAAAUAUUGGUUCCCCCUUUC